UAACACUGGCACGAGCGUUUUGGUCACUCUAAUCAGCUUAUUGAUUUUAUUUUCUCGAAAAAAGUUGCCAAUACGUACACACUCGCUGAAAGGCCGAAUAAGUCUUAAUAUUUAGAUGCAAUUAGUGCCGAGGCGGACAUAAAUCCUCGACAUGGGUGACAACGAACAGAAGGCGCUCCAGCUGAUGGCCGAGGCGGAGAAGAAGCUGACCCAACAGAAGGGCUUUCUGGGAUCUCUAUUCGGAGGCUCCAACAAGGUGGAGGACGCCAUCGAGUGCUACCAGCGGGCGGGCAACAUGUUCAAGAUGUCCAAGAACUGGACAAAGGCCGGCGAGUGCUUCUGCGAGGCGGCCACGCUGCAUGCCCGGGCCGGAAGUCGGCACGAUGCAGGAACCUGCUACGUCGACGCCUCCAACUGCUACAAAAAGGUGGACGUCGAGAGCGCCGUCAACUGUCUGAUGAAGUCCAUCGACAUCUACACGGACAUGGGUCGCUUCACGAUGGCCGCCAAGCAUCACCAGAGCAUUGCUGAGAUGUACGAGAGUGAUCCCAAUACUCUGGCCAAGUCCAUUCAGCACUACGAGCAGGCAGCCGAUUACUUCAAGGGCGAGGAGUCGGUCAGUUCGGCCAACAAGUGCAUGCUGAAGGUGGCCCAGUAUGCCGCCCAACUGGAGGACUACGAGAAAGCAAUAUCCAUAUACGAGCAGGUGGCCGCCUCUUCGCUGGAGAGCUCGCUGCUCAAAUACAGUGCCAAGGAGUACUUCUUCAGGGCCGCCCUCUGUCACCUGAGUGUGGACCUCCUGAACGCGCAGCAUGCCAUUGAAAAGUAUGCCCAGCAGUACCCAGCAUUCCAGGACUCAAGGGAGUUCAAGCUCAUUAAGGUUUUGUGCGAACAUCUCGAGGAACAGAACAUCGAGGGAUUCACAGAGGCCGUCAAGGAUUACGACAGCAUCUCGCGGUUGGAUCAGUGGUACACCACCAUCCUAUUGCGCAUCAAGAAGGCUGCGGACGAGGAUCCAGAUCUGCGAUAAAAUAAUCAAUUACACUUUCUGAUGAAGUCGCGUACACAUUUAUUAAAUGCUUUAUUCGGUUCGGAUAUUAAUCUACCUAUAUAUAUAACUAAAUGGAAAUUAAUUAAACGUGUUGCAUUGCUAAACCUGAAAGCACCC